AUGGAGAACCCGCUGGAUUUGCAGCGCUUCCAAAACGGGGACGUGCAUUCCCGCCGCCUCAAGGACUUGGGCGAGCUGCCCAGCGGAAAGCCGCUGCAUCCCCCUCCCUUGGCCAAGUGCUGCCGCGAGCGAGAAGGCCACGAGGCGGACAAGGACGACUUGCCGGCUCUGGAGGCUGCCUACGCGACCAUCCUGCAGGGCCUGGGGGAGAACCCGGCGAGGCAAGGGCUACAGCUGACGCCGCGCAGGGCUGCCAAGGCCAUGCAGUUCCUCACCAAAGGUUAUCAGGAAACCGUCGCAGAUAUGCUCAAUGAUGCAGUUUUUGAUGAGGACCAUGACGAGAUGGUGAUUGUGAAGGACAUUGAUAUGUUCUCUCUUUGUGAACAUCACUUGGUGCCUUUCUUUGGCAAGGUACACAUCGGAUACUUACCAAGGAAGAAGGUGGUUGGCUUAAGCAAACUUGCAAGAAUUGUUGAAAUAUUUAGCCGAAGACUUCAAGUCCAGGAACGGCUUACCAAACAGAUUGCCCUGGCAAUUACUGAAGCACUGAAACCUGUUGGAGUGGCAGUGGUCAUAGAAGCAUCGCACAUGUGUAUGGUCAUGAGGGGCGUUCAGAAAAUGAACAGCAAAACGGUCACCAGUGCCAUGCUUGGAGUCUUAAGAGAAGAUCCAAAAACCAGGGAGGAAUUUCUCGCCUUGAUUAAGAAUUAA